GUUCAACCAUAUGGCAGCUCUGGCGUACCCUGACCAAUAUGAGCAACCCAAGUCAAAUAAAUGGUGUAUCGCUUGCGUGUAAAAGCGAACCUCUAAAAUCAAAGAAGAGAAGAGAGCCAUACAACUACCGAACCGUACUUGUCGGCCUCCUGUUUCCUCAAUCAAAUCGAUAAAGGACAUCAGUCUUCUUCUAUAGCUUGGAAAGCUUCUUUUUCUUUGACGCCCACGAACGCCGCCUCCAUUCAUUCCAAUUGAAACGCCGAGUCAUGUCGAAUGGCCUAAGCCAGUAAGAGAUUUCAUAUUCAGCCCGUGAGUAACGAAGGAAAUGGAACAAGCUUACCGGACCGGGCGGGCUAUGGCGUUAUAACCCAAUCAUUCAAGAGCAACAACAUACGGCGACUCCCUACAGUAGCCAGUAGCCAACAGAGCUUUUGAAAGUCGAAGAAACGCCCACACGACUCUCUUCUAUUCAUACUGUUUCAAUAGAGAGGGGAUCCAACUGGUGCUUUCGUUGACUGAGUCAAGAGACUCGCGUCUCCCAGGAUGGACUGCUCCGGUUUUAAAUAUCCAAUAUUCGAGGAUGAAUAUGACGAGGAUCCAAGUACGUUCAAGGCUCCACGAGGGGUACAACCUGCGAUGCAGAACACACCCGUCAGAUCAGUCGAGCAGGCGCAUAACAAUGGAUGCGAAGUUCAGAAGAAGAAACUAUCUGCCUUGGGAUAUGGGAGGAAGUCAACUGUGUACAUGCGCAUUGAUGGAGUAGUACAAGAAGUCGAAAUACAGUGCAGGGACCGAAGUUGUCAUGUACAGUCUAUCAAUGGGCUACCGCUGAACCAAGCCCUUUAUACAUCAAAGACGGAUGGACUACCUCUCAUUUCAAGGCUAGACAAACUUAAAUCGGAUAAGGACCUUGAUCUUGAGGAUAGCGAAGGGAGAACCGUACGUUGCAAGUCAUGUAAGAAGUGUAUGAGUGGUGUGCAAAUGCACACAUGGAUAGAACACAAAAUUCGUUGCGAAAAGAUGCAACAAAAGCUCAAAGAUGAAUUCCAGAAACGCAUGGGGAAUUCUCUAAAUGGUGGUACCUAUACAAGUUCCAGGAAAUCCAAUGUUGAACAACGCCAACCUUUACGAGUCAACAAACGGCGCAGACGGAAUGGAUAUCGGAAAUACCCGACUAAUCAAAAUCAAAAAGUGUCUGUUCAAAUAGGAGACACUGUAAAGAUCUUCCAAUAUGACGUCGUGAACAAUCGGAUCAUGCUCGACGGCAAGACAUUGGCUGAAGUCUUCUAUGGAAUCAAGUUGGACAAGCACUGUAAGGAUCGCAGCGAGCUCUUCAAGAGUGAUCCCGACAUAGAAUCCUUCUCGAAUGUGUUUCGAACGUGCGUGUGCCGUGGGUGCAACGAAACAAUCAGCACUAAAUACACAUACACCUGGCUGGAGCAUCGAUUUCGAUGCCCACUGCUCCAGAAGCAUAGGGCGCUCGUAGAGGACUCCCCAGAAUCUGACACUGCUGGUAACGAUAUGCCAUCAGGUCAGCCAAGCAUCCUCCACGAAUCUUCUCUGCAAGUAUCUUCAGCAAAACGCAAGCGUGUUGACAAUUCCAGCCCAAAGGAAGUCAGUCGAUCCCCUCUACCUACCAAGAAACAAAAGAAGGCUCAGGGAAAUCUCAAAUCUAUUGGCAAACCCACAGUCAAUACAACCCCACACAGUACAAUGGGUGGCGCAAUGGCUCGGGACUCUUCCCAAGACCUCUCGAAACAGCUUGUUGGUUCCGUGAAAGCACUACAGGCGGUCAUGAAGGAGGUGUCUAAGCUCUUAGAGGAGAGAGUUGAGUAAUAAGCAGGAAUAAAAAAUUUUGGAUUGUGAUGGGACAAAGCUUAGACCAAAUAACCAACAGAUGACACUGUAUAAUUGUAAUGUAUGUGACAGAGUAUGUCUC